AUGCAAGAGAUUGUAAAGCUUGAGGCUCUUUUCCGCUCUUGUGAGGGCAGCCAGCAAGUGGCCAACCUCCUUCAAAAGAUCAAGAAGGUUACUUCUGAAUUCGAAGGCAAAACUGGGCACCCUUCGAUUAACUUUCAAGCCCCAGAAAAAAUUAAAUAUCCUGGCAGAAGAAAGGGUGGUGCACGUCCCAAAUACCUUCCCAAAGACUUUGGUCGGGCAAACUGGAGGAAGAUCAGUGUUUCGUCUGGUCAUGCCGGCCUUAAGGCAAUGGUUAGGUUAAGAGCUAGAACAAGAGAUGGAAAGCCUGCAGCUACACAAAAAACGAAAAACAACAAAAAACAAAACAAAAGCAAAAAAGAGCCUCUCGACCUAAUCGAUGCUACCAAAAACAAAAUAAAACAAAUUAAAAAAGAGCCUCUCGACCCAGUCGAUGCCACCAAAAGCAAAACAAAAAAAAUAAAACAAGAGCCUCUCGACCCAGUCGAUGCCACAAAAGAAAUAGGGUUUAAAAGACCCGCUACAGCUCAAGAAGAUUACCAAUAUGCCUAUCGCACCUCUGUUGGCAAGAGGGUUAAAUUCCAGCCCGGUUUUCCUGUCUCUCAUGAGAUAGUCGAUGACGUUAAGGGUGGGUUUAACCUUACUGCUGAUGGAUGGUGUGGUUUUCGGGUCCUUGCCCAUUUGAUCUAUAAAGAUCAAGAAAAGUUCCCUCUUGUGAAAAGAGAUAUGCUUGCUACCCUUCCAAAAUACAGCAGCAUUUACGCCAGCACGUUUGGAACCGAUGUCAAGCAAUUAGAAGACAUUAUAAAGCAUGGUUCUGAUCUCUGCAUCACCAACUCCAACUCCAACUCCAACUCCAACCCCAACUCCAACUUCAUCCCAGCGUGUUUAGAUGCCAGUAUGUGGUUUAGCACACCCGACUGUGCUCAACUAGCUGCGGACACCUAUAAGCGACCAGUCUGCGUCUACUCAGACAACCCCAACACCCCUUCCGUAUCGUCCCUUCCCUUCACGCUUCCCAAAAACAUAUCAAAACAUCAACAACCUCUGAUUUUCAAUCAUGUUAACAAUAACCACUGGACAACAGUACACCUCUCCCGCAAUGUCUCAAGGAAAUGUCCAACCAUUCCUGAGUUAUUCUUUUUGGGUUGUGUCAGAAACCAGAUUCCCGACAACUUUGAUACUUACUGGAACAAGUUUAAAGAGUUCAAUAAGUAUGAUCGUAGAAAUGCGAUGUUCUCUUUUCUUUCCGAUCAAGAGGAACAUGUUGAUUUCACUAUAACAUAA